AUGACAGUAGCCGCCCACAAGCAAAACCGUUCGAGCCCAGAUGUCGGUGGUGGUGCUGGUGGUGCUGGUGCCCGGGCGGGUGGUUACCUUACAAAUGUUUUGAUAAGAAAGGACUACCAACCCCUCCUCUCCCAUUCACCAUUCAAUCUUCAACCACAUGUAUACGGGGCUGACGGGUACGGUACGAACCCCCCUGCUUUUGCACUAGCUCGUGACCCUAAUUGCGUACCAGAGCUUGCGGUACUUGCCUUUUCCUCCCUUCCACCCUCUACGACUGGCUCAUUUGCUUCCAGUCCAGACUUAGUAGCACCACUACUAUUUCCUGGGAUUUUGAUACCCCUCGCUAAACGCCAGCCUCCCCCCGCCAGGUUUCGGGCUAAAUUGAUAGCGCUAGUGCCUGAUCCUGAACAGAACCACGUCUUGAGUCUCUCUUUCUACAAAUACACUUGCGCUUCUCGUCCCCUCUCCUUUCUUUCGAGGAGAUUAUGUAUAAUUAGCAUGUCGGCUACUUCAUUUCUGGACAAACCACUCCUCAAAGUCAGUCGACCAGUGGCUGCUUGCUCAAGAUGCCGAACAGCCAAAAUCAAAUGUGACGGGAAGCUUCCGGCCUGCUCCGCGUGCGAAAGGGUCGGAAAAGCGAGCACCUGCUCCGGCGCAAGUGACGAAUUCGCCAGAGGAAAGGAAAGAAGCUAUGUCGCCUCUUUGGAAGGUUACUGCGAACGACUCAAAACGAAGAUUGACGAUCUUCGCCGCCUCAAAACAUCAUUAUCUGUGGACGAAAGGGGUGUCGCCCAUCAAAGCUCGAUCACCUCCAUCUCCUCGGCAGGUACUGUUGCACAGGAAGGUGGCAAAGAAGUGACUGACAUCGAUGACCUCGUUGGUGAUUUUGGCUUCUUGUCCGUCAAUGCGACUUCGAGAGACUUCCAUGGGAUUACUUCGAAUACGUCUUUCGCCAAUCUUCUUCUGUCCCUGUCUCAAGCUGAGUCGAUACCAAGAACGACGGCGCAGUCAAUACCGCCACGCCAUGAGAUAAUGCCCGUGCUACAACACUAUUUCGACAACAUCUACAUACAGCUUCCAUUUUUCGCCGAAACGAGCUUCUGGACAUCUGUGGAUGCGGUCUACCAAGCUGGGGGGCGCUUUGCCAAGCCCUUUGACAAGUGGAUUGUGCAUAUGGUCUUAGCCACUGCGUCUGCGUCUAUCUCCCUCGAGAUCGGUGAUAGAAGUCAUCACAGAGCGUUGUCUCAUGUUUCAAUGGCAAUGAAUCAAGCCGAGGACGUCGUCCGUCCCGGUACUAUAGCCGGUAUCCAGUCAAUCCUCCUGCUUGCCCAAUAUUCCUUAUUCGACCCGCAACACUUUCGCAGCUGGUACUUAGUAGGGAUGGCUGUCAGGGUAAUGGUCGAUCUAGGCCUACACCAGGACCCGCCUUUGGAUGUUCAGUCAGCCUCGGUGCAGCUGGACCUGCGCCGCCGUGUUUUCCAUUGUGUCUAUUGCUUGGACAGAGGAAUAAGCACUGCCUUUGAAAGAACCUUCUCGUUCUCAGACGAUUCCGUCGAUGUUGCUUUGCCGUCUUCUGCCACGUCCCUAGGGGCUUCGCUAACCGAAAAGAGCCAUAUAUUUUUACGAAGCUCGGAGCCUGCGUGGCACAUCGUCAGAAUUCGCCAAAUACUGUCGGAGGGUUACCAGAGAAGAUAUUUUCAUGAACACGAGACUUCUCUUCAAGCUCCGGCCUCGACGUGGGCUCUCUGCUCAAAAGCAUACGAGUGGUUUGAUAAAAUCCCGAGUAAUAUACCAAACCACUUCCCCAUCCUGUACCGAUUGGAGCUAUCAUACACGAUAGUCGUGAUUCUCUCUGCUGGCGACGAACAGACCACACUAUGUGAUUACAGCAAGAUUGUUCUGUUCCAUUGCUGCAUGCGGUACAUCAAAGAACUCUAUGAGGUGCUGAAGAACCCUGCCUGGCUGCCUUUGAUGACCUUCCUGGAUAUUCAGAGGACGUAUCAAGUUGGCCGACGAUUCAUACGAGAUGUGACAGAAAACCAGGACCUUCUGUUGAACCCGUCGAUACCCGCAUUGCCCUCAAUUCCUCCGGAGACCCCGGAACAGCUGAUUUUGAAUGGUGAGGAUUGUAUGAGCUUCCACGCGCGCGCCUCGGAAUGUCUUUCUCAGAUCAACAAUCUCCUCCAAUAUGGUGCAAGCAAGUGGGGAGCGACCAGCAUACUUGGAGACUUCCAGCAAAUGUGCGAGCCCGCCCGGAGCCGUCUAUUACAUGCAUCGAAUCCAUAUCUGGCAGGUUCUGGGGCCUAUAUGGCUGGCUACGCUUCAUUGGUGCCUGCAGGAACAGGAUACCUAGGCUUUGACAUUGGAUGA